AUGAUCUCCAUAGCAAAGGUCGUUCUGAUCAGUUGCCUUUCCUGGAAGGUUCUCUGUGAACCCUCUUUAGUAUACAAAAUGAAGAAUAUCGAGUGCAUUACAAUACCUGGCUUUUCGGCCAACGCUUCUUGCUUCAUUAAGGCCAUUAAUUGGAAUAAGGCAGUGGCUCAAAUGGACGUGGAUCUCGUAAGACCACUAUAUAAUAUAUCAGUUCGGCUUCAGGUCUUCAAAAAGGACUACUCCAAUCAGUUUCAGCCGUUUCUUAUCGAUGUUCAUAUAAAUGUAUGUGACAUACUAUCCAGACGAAGCUUUAUACCAUAUGGCGUAAUGAUUUUGAGAGUAGCCGAGCGAUUUUCAAACUUCAAUCACAGCUGUCCUUAUGCGGGUCACCUAUUGGCUCGCGGCGCCUAUAUCGACGAGACGUUUAUACCGAUCAGUCCUCCUUUAGGCCUCUACAAAUUAAAUAUCACUAUAAUGGAAAACUAUCUGAGAACGCCAGCUGCCCAUGUAGGUGGCAUUGUAUGGUAUGUACAGACUAUGCAGCCCGUUAAGAAAAAGAUCAAACAUACAACCAAUGGCUAA